AUGCUUCAAUCACUUUUAUCGCGUCUCUUUUCGUCAUCCAAGCUCGCCAUCACAUCAUCAGCUCCUUUAAUACAUUACUCUUCAGCUGGCUGCAUCCAACUCCCAGCACCAUCUAUAAUCGAUAUCAUCAUUGAGGGAAUACUGCUGGCAGUGCCUAAAAAGAGGACUACGCACAGGAAAAAGAGGUUACGAAUGGCUACUAAAUGGUUGAGACCUAUGAGAAACAUCAUGGCGUGUCCUUUAUGUGGGAGGAUGACGCUUAUGCAUCAUGUUUGUCGUCAUUGUACGAGGAGUAUCUUGUAG